AUCAAGGACCUCACGUCAAGACAACAAAUACGUCGCAGUAAACUCCGAAGAAUUAGCUUCAAAGUUGUAUUAUAUUUAUUAACAUAAAUAGUGAUAAUCAAGUGGUUAUUAAGAAUGUCCUGCACCUCGUGCCAGUCAAAAUUCUCGUUUUUCACACGCGAGAAUGGAUGCCCGAAAUGUGGAUUUUCUUACUGUAGUAAGUGCCUCAAGUACAAGUGUCAACUGCCAGAUAACACUGUGAAGAAAGUUUGUGGUCCUUGUUACCAUAAAAAAAUGUCACAAUCCGGGGAGAGUUCAGGGGCAGGAUCUGAUGGACUGCCAACGCCCGAGGAAGACUCUGUACCAUUGGCAACUGUCGAUAUCGAACGAAAACUCGAAGCGUUAGAGAAUCCCGUGAAACCCCCAAUUGUCAUAUACAAACAGGACCACUGGGAGGAAUUCAAAACAGGUCUAGAGCCUGAGGAUCAAGCAAUCGUCGAGAGAUUGAAGAAAUUGAAAGAGGCGGAUAAAAAGCCACCGCCAGUGACCACGGAAGAGAUUCGGAGACGUCUGGCUCUCCUCAAAGACGAGGAUCCCGAUUAUAAACCUCCGUUGAAUGUCUGCAAAGUAGAUACGAGAUCCGAUCAGGAGAAGUCUGAUGACCUGAUACGUGAAUACAUGGAGAGGCUGGAGCUUUCGAAACAUGAUGCACAAACGGACGAUGAUAUUGAGCGGAGGCUGAACAAGCUCAAGGGAAUGGAUCCCUCGAAAUCGACAAUUCCAGAUGAUGUCGAUGAGGCAACUGUGACGAAGAAUAUUGUGUCUAAGGCCCUUGCAGAGGCUGCUCUAGAGAAGAAGUAUGGGGAUGAGGAGAAAGAUGAACUUGAGGAGAUGGAGGUUGAGAUUCCUAUUCAAUACGAUUCCGACGAAGAACUCGAAUGUGCGAUAUGUGAUGCAACAAAGAAUUUGGUUCAGUGUCUUGGCUGCACCGGUGAUUUGUACUGUCCAACCUGUUUCGCGGAAUACCACAACGCAAUGGAGAAGCACAAAACGGUGCCAGUGAAGCCACGAAAAUCUAUUCCAGAUUGAAUUCCGUCCGAAAUAUCUCGAGAUACUUUUGCUACACGAAUGUUUUAUCAUCACGCUGCUAGUGCUUGAAGUUCGAUUAAAUCAAUCCAAAAGCUUUUUAAUUGUACAAAACUGUUGAAACAAAUACAUAAAAAUUCUCAUGACUCA